GCCCAGUACCUUGUCAGUGACCUCAGUUUCGGGUUUGGCGCGAGGAUAAACCCCGAUGGCCGCAACACCAUUCCAAACUACUCUAUGCAGGGCAAUCCCAAUGUGCCCGAAUUGCUCUCCAACAAGGUCAUCUUGACCCCUCCCGCGCCCGGUAACCAGCGCGGUGCAGUCUGGGCCGACAAGCCUCUCGAGCACAGAGCCUGGACGACAGACAUCGACUUCCGCGCUAAUGGCCCUGAACGAGGCAGCGGCCUUCUCAACAUCUGGCUUGCCAAGGAUGGCGCCCGCAACAUCGGUUCACAAAGCAUCUACACGGUCGGCAAGUUUGAGGGUUUGGUGCUUGUUGUCAACCAGCACGGCGGAUCGGCAGGCAUGAUCAGGGGCUUCCUGAACGACGGCACUCUCGACUACAGCAAGCGCGACAACGUCGACAACCUCGCCUUCGGCCACUGCUGGUUUGCCUACCGCAACUUGGGCCGUCCUUCGCAAAUCAAGCUGCGCCACAACUCGCAGAACUUCAAGGUCGAAGUCGACGGCCGCCUGUGCUUCGAGAGCGACAAGAUCCACAUUCCCACCGGCUACAACUUUGGUCUUUCUGCCGCCUCCGCCGAGAACCCCGACUCGUUCGAGGUCUUCAAGGUUGUCGUUUUGUCCGAGGACGACAUUGGUGCCGUUCCCAACCAGCAACAGCAGCAACAACAGCAACAGCAACAGCAGCAGCAGCAGUCAGGCGAGAACCAGAAGCCCCUUGGCGGCACGACCCACGGCCGGUCGGGCCAGGCGGCCAUCCAGGACCCGUACGACAACGCAAUCCCGGACGCCGAGGCCAACAGUAUCACGUCGUCCAAGGCGCAGUUCGAGGACUUGCACACGCGCAUUCAGUCCCUCAACCACCACCUCUCGUCCAUCUUCCGGUCCGUGGCCCAGUACGGCGGCAUCGCCGACCAGAACCAUCAGGAGGUUUCGGUCAUGCUGGGCGAGAUGAAGGGGCUCCUGACCAAGCUCGACCGAUUCGCAUCCGUCGAGAACAAGCUCGAAAACUUGGAGCGCGAGGUGCGCAGCAUGCGCUCCGAACUGACGGCCCGCCUCAAGGAGAGCGAGCAUAGCAUCAAGUACCAUGUUACCGAUAAGCACGAGGAUUUGGCAGGUCAUGUGGUCAAGCACGCGGCGCCAGGCCACACAAAGUUAUAUUUGGCGAUCGUAGGCAGUCAGGUGGUGUUAGCCGCGGCGUACUUUCUUUAUAAGAGAAGGAAGGCUGGUGGCCCUAAGAAGUACUUGUGAGGGGAACAAGUCUGACAAGGAUCAGCCGGGAGAGCGAAGUGGAAGGUGUAGGAAGGUGGAAGUAGGAAAAGUGUCCAGGGGUCUGGCCCUCGUUGUUGUAAAUAAUAAAUGGGCCUAAGUACCCCUCGAACUUCGUUGGAUUUGGCUUUUUUUGCAUGGCGUUGUUACUGCGUUUAGGUUUUGUGUUGUGGGUUGAGUGUAGAUUCUCAUAGCGUUGAAUAUUGCGGACGUCUCG